UGUGAAAGUUGAGUGUAAAAUGAUGGAGGAAGAGUCACACGCGAUAGGUGAUGUUUACAAGUGUACAUUUAGUGGCUGCGAUAAAUCAUUUAAACGAAGAGACAGGCUAUCUGUGCAUAUCAGGACCCACACUGGAGAGCGGCCAUUUGUCUGCACAGUUGAAGGUUGCAACAAAACUUACACCAGGAGGCAGCAUUUGACAGGGCACACUGAGAGAGUUCAUAAUAUCGAUUAUUCAGCUGAACAGAAAGUUAGGUGUGCCAAGUGUGGAUUGGAUUUUGCAAACAACUUCAGUUUAAAAAACCAUUUCUUAAGAUUUCACAAAGAUUCAACACCCAUAAAAUCCUAUAAGUGCACAGAACAAGGUUGCAAUGAAAGCUUCCACAAGAAGAAACAGCUGAUUGUUCAUAGGUUGCUUCACACACCACACACAGCAUUAGCCAGCAAAUGUUACAAAUGCUCAUUUGAGGGUUGUCAAAAAAGUUUUACCUUCCCCAACAAACUAAAACAUCAUUUAAAAGUACAUCAAGGCUAUACUUGUACAUUUCCUGGGUGUGAAUUGGUCUGUACGAAUUGGUCUUCUCUCCAGAAACACAAAGCAGCAGUGCAUGCAUCUGUUUAUAGUUGCAAUACUUGCAAUGCCACGUUCAAGCAAAAGUCAAACCUCACGCAGCACAUUAAAAUUCAUGCAACAUCUCGGCCUGCUAUACCAUGCCCAAAGGAGAAGUGCAAUAGAAUAUUUUUUUAUCAGAAAAAUCUCACACAGCACAUCAGGGAAUUUCAUGAGGGGGAGAAGAUUUGGAAAAAUAAACGAAUUAGAAAAAAUAUUUGUCCUAAAAAGGAACGCAAGUCUCCAACUAAAAGAUCCAUGGCUGCUCGCUUAUGCGGGUUAGAUGAUAGAACCGAUGAGCUGAAGCUUUACAAAAGUAAAAAAGUGGCAGCACAAGAGGGAGUUCAACCUGAAUUAGAACUCAACACUGUGUGCAGCUCUGAGUUGAGUGAAGUUUGUGACCCAGUGUUGGCUGUUGAGGCAGUCGAUGAUCCUCCCAUGAUGGAAUCAAAUGAAACUGAGAGUGUUUCUUGCUUGCUUGAGACUAGUCACAUCUCACAGAGUGCGCCAGAUAAACUGUCUCUGGACUAUUGUUGCCAGUCUGAUCUUAGUCAGACAACUGGGGAGUAUUUACCUGGAGAUUCUGUCAAUCUUCCAUUGCUAGAAGACUCUUCUACUCUGCCAUUACUAGAGUACCCUGCCACUGUACCAUAUCUUGAUUACCCUGUGAUUCUUCCAAUGUAUGAAGACACUGAAAUUCUACCUGUGAUGGAAGUUCCUGCCACUUUACCACUGCCAGAAGAGCCUGCUACUCUACCAUUACUAGAAGAUCUUGCCACUCUACCAAUGUAUGAAGACACUGCCAUUCUACCUGUGAUGGAAGACACUGCCACAACACUACCAGAAGAGCCCAUUACUCUAGCAAUGUAUGAAGACACUGCCAUUCUACCUGUGAUGGAAGACACUGCCACAACACUACCAGAAGAGCCCAUUACUCUAGCAAUGUAUGAAGACACCACCAUUCUACCUGUGAUGGAAGACACUGCCACAACACUACCAGAAGAGCCCAUUACUCUAGCAAUAUAUGAAGACACUGCCACUAUACCUGUGAUAAUUAACCCUGCCUCACUAUCUUUGCUUGAAGAUCCUGCCACUCUACCUAUGAUGGAAGAUGGUGUCACUCUACCUAUGAUGGAAGAUGGUGUCAAUCUACCUAUGAUAGAUGAAGGUGUCACUCUACCUAUGAUAGAAGAUGGUGUCAAUCUACCUAUGAUAGAUGAAGGUGUCACUCUACCUAUGAUAGAUGGUGUCACGCUACCUAUGAUGGAAGAUGGUGUCACUCUACCUAUGACGGAAGAUGGUGUCACUCUACCUAUAAUGGAAGAUGGUGUCACUCUACCUAUGACGGAAGAUGGUGUUACUCUACCUAUGACAGACGAUGGUGUCACUCUACCUAUGACAGAAGAUGGUGUCACUCUACCUAUAAUGGAAGAUGGUGUCACUCUACCUAUGACAGAAGAUGGUGUCACUCUACCUAUAAUGGAAGAUGGUGUCACUCUACCUAUGACAGAAGAUGGUGUUACUCUACCUAUGACAGACGAUGGUGUCACUCUACCUAUGACAGAAGAUUGUGUCACGCUACCUAUGAUAGAAGAUGGUGUCACUCUACCUAUGAUAGAAGAUGGUGUCACUCUACCUAUGAUGGAAGAUGGUGUCACUCUACCUAUGACAGAAGAUGGUGUUACUCUACUUAUGACAGACGAUGGUGUCACUCUACCUAUGACAGAAGAUUGUGUCACGCUACCUAUGAUAGAAGAUGGUGUCACUCUACCUAUGACAGAAGAUGGUGUUACUCUACCUAUAAUGGAAGAUGGUGUCACUCUACCUAUAAUGGAAGAUGGUGUCACUCUACCUAUAACUGCAGGCCCUGUCACCCUACCAAUACUACAAACUUUUCUCUGCAUAGAAAAUCAUCCAGUUGAUACUGAGUUCACAGAGAGUAGUGAGUCUAUGGUGUCACGAUAG